AUAAUUUCAUCUUUGCUCAUUCUUCACUGUCACCAUUGUCUCAUUCCAAUGUGGCGCUGUUGUACUGGCUAAUGUCUUGCCCACCAAUUUUACACUUUGCCUUGCUGGCCAAUUUGAUUUGUGCAGACUUGGCCGCCGUACCUCAUCUGGGCUACCAUUGGGUAAAGCACUUGCUGAAGUGCCUGGCGUGUGGCUAUACCACAAGGCAUAGCACUCACAUGGAGAGACACCAGAGGACACACACAGGCGAGUGCCCAUACAAGUGCCACCACUGCAGCAAGGCCUUCAAGCAGAAGGUCCACUUGGACAAGCAUGUUCGCACCCACAUCGACCUGGUACCUCGUCGUCCUGGCCGACUGCCUCAUCCUGGUUCUCAGAGGGGAAAGAGUGUGCUGAAGUGCCUUGCGUGUGACUAUGCUACAAGUGUCACAACUCACAUGGAGAGGCAUCAAAGGACGCACACAGGCGAGCGCCCAUACAAGUGUGACCACUGUGACAAAAGGUUCAGUCAGAAGGAGAACUUGCUCCAGCACAUUCACAUCCACACCGGCGAGAGACCUUUCCAGUGCCACCUCUGCCCCAUGGAUUUUACGCAGCAGAGCAGCCUAACGCACCACUUGCGAGGUCACAGACGCAGGACAGCUUUUGCUGAUGAUGUUACAACCUAACAAAGAAUUCAGAGAAGGUAUGCGGUGUAUGUGUGUUUUUCUAGGCAGGGGUGGAAGCACUGCUCCAAGCGCACCUCCAAAACAACAAUACUGAGGACAAUUGCUAAACUUGGUGGAGUUCACCACGGUCAACCUUAUCAAAUCCGUUUUAGCGGUCGCCCCCGGAAACUGCAGAGCGGUGCGGCCAAUCUAGUCAGAUACAUUUUAGCACUGUCAGCCACCUCACACACUACAUGUUUCGUGCUGUUUUAUGUGCUGAACAAGAUGGAUGGCUACUGAGAACUAAUCUCUUUCUCGUGUCAGCCAGCACUGAAAGACACUGACGGUUUCUGUGCAACGAUAUCUGUGUUGUCCAUGACAAGGUAGCGCAGCUAUUAUGUGCCAUGCAGUCUUCCAGAAGCACACUGAGAAUGCGUAGAACCAGCACAACGGUGAAGGGUGCGCUUAUCAAAAGACCUAUGC